UAUAAGAAUCGUGCAAGCAACAUCCCCUCACAAUAAAUUUGCAUAUAGAGAAAAAUGAGCUCAAUCGGUAGCGGCUGCACCACGCUUCGUCCCUCCGAAAGCAACCGCAACCGAUCAAUGACGAGAGGGGAAGAUAAUGGAUAUGGAUUACGGGUUGUAUAAGCGGGCCCGUUAUCCUAUAUUAAUGUCGCUCCAUCCGUCCUACUUGAUGCAGCGAGUCGCCAUGGGAUAUCCCUCUUCGUGUUAUUCAUGCGUCACAUUUGGCGCUUUCUUUCUUCUUUUACCGUUUCUUCUCCGAUCUCCGGCCGCCGUGAGUGCUCGGAUUCUCCGCCUUCCGUCGAAGCCGGACCCGAAGGAUGCUGUCGGCACAGCUCGCUGGCUAGCGGGGCAGAAUAUCUGGGGCGUCCUUAGCACAAUCUCAAGUGAUCAAGGAGGAUCUCCUUUUGGAAAUGUGGUUUCAUUUAGUGAUGGAUUACCGGAUGAUGGGCGUGGUAUUCCAUAUUUUUAUUUAACAGAGCUAGACCCUACAGCAAGAGAUGCUUUGAAGGAUGCAAGGUCAUCUUUUACUUUGAGUGAGCACCCACUUGGAACUUGUGGCAAAAAGGAUCCUGAAAACCCAACAUGUGCUAAGCUUACGCUAACUGGAAAGCUGAAAUUGGUGGAUAAUUCAUCUGCCGAAAUUCAGUUUGCAAAGAAUGCACUUUUCAGCAAGCAUCCUGAAAUGGAAGACUGGCCAAUUGGUCACAACUUCAAAAUUUUCAGAUUGGACAUUGAGAAUAUAUUCCUGAUUGACUGGUACGGUGGUGCCAAACCUAUAACUCCACCACAAUACCUCAAUAAUGGAAAGAACGGAAGCACUUCUUCCUCUUAAUUUGCUGACAUUAAAUUCAUCAUGCCCGUAGCCAACAGUCUUAAAGCUCACUUGGUUGAAUUUACAAAAAUCAAAAUCAUUCCCAUCCAUAUAUUCUAUAAUGUACAGGUCUAUGCCUAUAUCCAGUGCUGUAAUCAUGUCUACUAUUGCCAAAUGUAAUUGCUUCUGUGAAAUUUCCUAAUGUUUGUUGAUAAAGUUUGAAAAUUAUCAUUUCUGUAUCAAUAAGACGCGCCAUUUACAUUAAAUUAAUAAUAAUAUUUAUG